AUGGAGCCAUUUCCAGACCAGUUCAUGGAAUUCCACCCCAUCCACGGUACCAAUGUCAGACUGGACCACUCAGGGACCCAGGCCACCCGGGUGGAGAGCUUUGCAAAUGGAGUGUGUUUCAGCAAACACCCUCUGAAGCCUGGGGAGAUUUUUCUCAUAGAGAUCCAGGAUAAGGAGCUGGGCUGGUGCGGCCACCUCCGGAUUGGCCUGACUGCCAGGGACCCGAGGGGAUUAGAGGUGGUACCUGAAUAUUCCAUCCCAGAUCUGACAACCUUAGGGGACAGCUGGGUGUUUGCCAUCACUCGCAACCACAAUAAGAUCAUAGAGGAUGCUGAAGCAGGGGGUGAACAGGCUGGAGACGAAGGACUGGCUGGAGGCCAGAGACUUGGACGAGGGGAGGUUGAAGAUGGAGCUGGAAGGGAAGGAGAUGGAGGAGGAGGCAACACCAAACCAAUGACUUUCUUCACUGACUCUGACUUGUACAUUGAGAAUGUUCGGAUUCCCAAAGACAAGCUGGUCGGCCGGAGCAGACCCGGACGUUACAGCCACAUAUUGGAUGACUUGUAUAAGACCAACGCCCUGCCUCCCACAGCCAGACGCAGCCGGAUCGGAGUGCUAUAUGUGCCCAAAGGGCGAGACCUGGCUGACAUGCACAUUGUCAUCAAUGGUGAGGACAUGGGAGCUUCUGCAAAGGGGAUCCCCACCAUCCAGCCUCUCUACGCUGUGGUGGACGUCUUUGCUGCUACUAAGUGUGUCCAAAUUGUCCAGGUGGAGUAUGGAUUCUCAUCUUUGCAGACGUUGUGUAGGAAGGCCAUCCAGAAGCACAUGGUCCACAGGAUGGCCAUUGACUCGCUGGAGCUGCCAGAGGCACUUAAGAACUUUUGCAAGUACGAAUAA